CACAGAUUAAAGGUAUCUCGCUUUUAGAGCUAUUUAGAAUGUCUGUUAUCAUAAAAGUGUUUAGGGUGCCUUAUUCAAAAUUUCAAUAAUUGUUUACAGUUCCACAGUGUUUUGGUACCGACGUCUAAUGUCAUUCCGAAGGUCGCUACAAUAGAUCUUCAGAUUAUAGGCUGACUCGUGGAACUGAUAAUAUUCAUCUUCAGUCCUCGUUGUCUUCCUCACGCGUUUCCUGCGUUUUCAGUUUUUUUGUACAGAAACGAACGGGUAAGAUUUUAGUUGUAGUAAAUUCGUCGAUCGACCUAUUACGCAAACUUAGGGAUACCUCUAGCUUCGCUCGCUCUUAAUUAGUAAAGAUACCUACCCUAUUGCUAAUACCAUAUACCUGACGACUAUAUCUGAAAUCAGUUCGCCGUGACAUCUCACGAUUUGAAAGUCGAACUGCGCUAGAAACAAUGAUAGUGUUCCCACCCGUUCCGAUUUGGCUGCCGUGCCGCCCUACGACGCGAUCCCCUCGCCCGACAGCAGAUGUCGCCCCGCGGAACCCUCGCGUAAUUUGACAACCAACAUGGCCGCUCAUAAUAUCGUCGGGAAUAACACGCGACCCCAGUAAAAUAGUGCUCAGUCCGAUCCAAUACUAAAUUAACAGUCAUAUUGCAAACCUGUGUGUGCGAAUACGUUGGAAUCUAAAGAUGAAACUCUCCGUAAAGCAGAUAACGGCAAGAGGUUUCAUGGAUUAUGCUAUACUUUAAAUGUAUAAUACGUCCAUUUGGAAAUAUAAUUGGACAUGGAUCCAAUAUUAGAAAAUGAAUCUGCGACUACCGAAUCACCUUCUAAACAUGGCAAGGCGAAACACAAAAAUAAAAAGAAGAAACAAUCGGAAGCGCAAAAUCAAACAGUUGUUGGUGAGCGAAAGAAAUUUGUUGUUACCACACUAUCGAAUACAGACGAUAAAGUUCCUUCUAGAGUAGCAGAUAGUAAUGUACAUACGGUCCAUUUUGGAACGCGUGGAGUUGAGUCACAAAGGCCCCAUGUAAGAUCGAUAUUUAAAGACAAGAAUGCAGACACCUCCAGACCAUCCAGUGCUGAUCGACAAUCAGCGCCUGAAAAAGGAUAUGAAACUUUCCAUGGAACGUCGUCUAGUCCUCGAAGCUCUAUUUUUGAUAUAUUUCGUUUACGAAGAAAGAGUGAUGCUAAGAAAUAUGCCCCAAAACAACAGUCAAAGACUACAGAUAACCAAGAAACUCCCCCAGAGGAUCAGCAAUAUGCUGACAGUAAAGAUUCACACAAAAAAUAUUAUCAUACGGUCACUGGAGCAUCGUCACGUAAAUAUAGUCCUAUAACAAGGGUAAUGGAUAUUUUUAGAAGCAAGCCUCAUCCAGAAAGUAGUCAAACUACUGCAGAUCCAGUGAAGAAGAAAGCUACUAAACAAAUUCGCCGGUCGUCUAUCGAAACGACAUCCCCUACUUACCAUAAAAAUUCAUACGCUUCAUUAGAUCCAACGCAAGCAAAACAAAUGUUUAGGGAAGUUCGGGGUCUUCCUAAAUAUGAUCCAUAUUUAUCAAUUGUGCAAAUAUCAAUAGGAGGAAGAGAUAAAACAAGACUUUUAUUGAACUUCUUUAAAUAUCAUAAAUGUUACGAGAUUUUACCAAAGUCCGCAAAAGUUAUUAUAUUUGAUACACAAUUUUUUGUAAAAAAAACUUUUCCUACGCUUAUAUCACAUGGUAUUCGUUCUGCACCGCUUUGGGAUGCAAAUAAAAAACUACUUGUAGGUAUGAUAACUGUAACCGAUUUUAUAAGAAUUCUCUUAUAUCUUGAUAAAGAAAAUUUGUCCGUUGAAGAUUUAGAAAGACACACGCUUCAUACUUGGAGAAAAUUGUUACGUUCGACAAGGAAACCUUUAUGCAGCGCUGGACCUGAUCAAUCCCUGCACGACGCCAUUAAUUUACUUCACAAAAAUCGUGUCCAUCGCCUUUUAAUGAUAGAUCCUUUUACAGGAGACGUUCUCUACAUUUUAUCUCACAAAAGAAUAUUGAGAUUUUUGUUUGUAUACCUAAAUGAGUUUCCUGAAUUAACAUUCUUUCACAAAACGCUCACUGAAUUGAAAAUCGGGACUUACGAUGAUAUUGUUUCUGUUACUGAAGACACAACUAUUAAAACAGCAUUUCAGUUAAUGUUAGAAAAAGAUGUAUCCGCUUUGCCCAUAUUAGAUGAAAAUGGUAUGCUUAUUGACGUUUAUGCAAAGUAUGAAGUUUUAAAUCUUGUAAGUGAAAAACUGUAUUCGAAUUUGUCAUUGACUAUAGGUGAAGUAAGAAAUAAAAAGAAAGACUGGGAAGAAAAGUUACAGAAGUGUCGUUCAAGUAUUACUUUAUAUGAGGCCUUAGAAGUUAUUGUUAGAACUGAGAGUCAUCGAUUAUUGUUAGUAAAUAGGGAAGAUAAACUUGUUGGAAUUGUUUCUCUUUCAGACAUAUUAGUAUAUUUAAAUAGAAUAAUUCCCACAGAAAAGAAAGUUUCUUCGCUACAGGAAAUAUUUAGACCACUCGAAGAGAACAAAGUAGCCGAGUCACCAAAAGAAACUGAAAAUGAGAUUAUUACGAUCGAAGUUCCAACGCUAGCACAAACUGUACCUGAGGCCGACGAGGGCGCCACUGCACCCAGUGAAGUCGCCGUCCCUGUGAUUGAGGAAGCGUCUAACGAAACCGAAAUUAAAGAUGAUGGUGAAAAUUCAAAUGCAGAAACGGAUUUAAAUUCUUCUAGUAACAUUAAUAAACUGCACGUAGACCUUGCCAUAGACCCGACUAUGACGACGAUUGAGGAGUCGAGUGUUAACGAAUAAGUAGUACAUUUUUAUUCCAAAGAAAUUGUGAUAGGUGAAACGCCGAAUCGGUAUAUUAAUCUCAGCUUAUGCUUGUUAUUGAUAUUGUAAUUUAACUUCAUACUCAUUAAUAGUUGCAUCAAAUACCACGUGAUUGCCUUAUUAUUUAUUCAUUAAAACAUUGCUAAAUCUUAAUAAAAUAUUUUAGCAGGA